UUAUAGUGAAAAACUUUGUUUUUACGGCUUAAUUUUUUUUCUCUUUCCAGAAUUCCUCGAGACAUCUGCUUCUCAAGCGGGAAACCAUGGACAAGUCACUGCUGCUGCUCUCCAUCCUGUUACCGCACGUCCUGUGCCAAACUACGACGACAGUGCCAUCAACUCCACAGGUGCCCUUGACGACGCCGUUCAUCAUCAAUAACUACACGUCAACGGUGGCAACAACUCCACAGGUGGCCUUGACGACGCCGCCCGUCACCGACACGUCGACGGUGGCAACAACUCCACAAGUGCCCUUGACGACGCCGUCCAUCACCGAUUCUACGACCAUAUCGACGACGACAGCGCCACUCGACGUAGUUCACUUCCACAAUGGCAGCGGCACCUUCGCCUCGACCGACUUCGUGCCGAGCGACCGAGCCGUCGAGUUCUCGUUUGUCAUCCACACGGUGGCGCCCUACGUCAUCAAGGUCAAGUUCGAGUGGCUCAACCUCAUGAACCACUCGUCGUGCGUGAACGAGAGCCUGACGGUGCUGGACGGUGAGCCCGGCAGCGGUGACCCGGAGUCCCUGGUCGUUCUGUGCGGCACGGGGCGCGGAUCCGUGCCGCCCCACAGCCUCAAGUCGACGGGGCAAAGCCUCAGCCUGGUGCUCAACUCCACGGGGCCCCUGGAGGGUCGUGGAUUCAACGUCAGCUACCUGUACGUUGCUGCGACACGGACCAACCAAGACUGCGGAGUGGAGACGGGGGGGUGGGCGAAUCCGUGGUCCGCUCUGCUCUACCUGGGAGCGAGCAAUCCUGUGUGCGAAGCCACUCUCAUCAGCCCACAGUGGCUCAUCACCACUGCCUCGUGCUUCAAUAACAGGUCUUUGAUUCCGGGCGACUGGCUCGCCGAGUUCAACAACAACACUGGCUACACCAACUACAGCCUCGGGAGCAUCGCUCAGCACCCCAAGUUCAACGCCUCCACGUGGGACUAUGACGUGGCCCUGGUGCGCCUGGUCACCACCGUCAGCCUGUCGGACCAGAUCCGGCCCGCGUGCCUGCCCCACCGUCUUCAGCAAGUGCCUCUGCCGGGCAAAUCCUGCUCGGUCAGAGGUUCCGCCGUUUCAAACCGCGUGAGCAUCAUGGAGCAGAGUGAAUGCCAGGUCGUGUUCAACGCCACGGUGACCAGCAGAAAACUCUGUGCCUCCUACGACAUGUGUGGGGAACACACUUCGCCGCUGCUCUGCAAGGAGGUGGAUGGGCGACAGUACGUGACGGGAGUGGGUGGACGUGGAUCCUGUGGUCCGAUCUCGACGUUCAACAGGGUCUGGAGGGUCCUGAGCUUCAUUAACCAAACCAUCUACUGAAAUCAAUAACGUCAUUUACUUGAUACGGCUGUCGUGGCUGUGACGGUACCACCUGAAGACGGAAGCUUGUGUUGCCUCCGAAACGUCGUGAUUUUUAUUUUAUUUUUAAUUUUUAAUGUUUUUACCUACGUGACUUUACCGGGAAAAAACCCCUAAGAAUAUGAAUAUUAAUAACGUCUUCAGAGAAACACUCGGGGUAUGCAGGAGGGAGGGGAGGGAGUUGGCGUCUCUCUCAUCAUCACAGUGGCUAGGAUAUGUUAACUGCCUCGCCUGGUGUACAGGAGGUCGUGGGUUUAACCCCGAACCUGACGAUGCCUGCUGCUGUAUAUUUGGAGUCUGUGUCUCUCUCUCUCUCAUCAUCAUCACGGUGGCUAGGAGAUGUUAACAACCUCACCUGGUAUACAGGAGGUCGUGGGUUUGAUCCCGACCCUGACGAUGCCUGCUGCUGUAUAUUUGGAGUCUGUGUCUCUCUCUCUCCCGUGGUCGCGUGGAUUUUUUCUCCGGGUCCUUUGGGGUUUUCUCCUCCACAUUUAGGAUCAAUGUCACGGCAUUUAGAGUAUUUGGCUUCUGCAAGAAAUGUCCACACGACGGCGUUGAUCUUCUUGGUUCUUUCGGUAAAGUCACGUAGAA